AUGGCGGGCGACUCGGUCGUCAAUAACCUCUACGAGACGGCGUCGCAGCCCGACACUGGCGGCGACGCGUAUACCUUCCUCGAGUUCAACACCCAGGGGGACGACUACGACUACCCCGAGUUCCGGGAGCUCUCCCAGCCUACCCGAUCCUCGGCCUGGCCUCAUCCGGCGACACCGGAUGCCGUGCCGGACAGCCCCGCCUCCGAUCUACCGGCCUCCGACGCCGGCGCGGGAUCGUCGGCUUCCCCCUCGACAUCGGUCUCGUCCUCCAAGGGCAGGGGAGGGGCCGGUAAUCAGGUGGCGGCCGUUGAUGCCCUCGCGGCGGGUAUGAGCGGGCUCAGCUUCGAGGAGACAGGGGAGGAUGAGAAUUACGAUUAUGGGAAGGGGGAUUUCAUAGAGCAUGCGUGCCGGUAUUGUGGGGUGCAGAACCCAGCAUGUGUCGUAAGGUGCAACAUCCCGUCAUGCCGGAAAUGGUUCUGCAACUCGAGGGGAAAUACAUCGGGAUCCCACAUCGUCAAUCACCUGGUUCGAGCAAAACACAAAGAAGUUUGUCUCCACAAAGACAGCCCAUUGGGAGAAACAAUCCUCGAAUGCUAUAACUGUGGUUGCCGUAAUGUUUUUCUUCUUGGCUUUAUCUCUGCAAAAACAGAGAGUGUUGUUGUUCUCUUGUGCAGAGAACCAUGUUUGAGUGUCAAUGCAUUGAAAGACAUGAAUUGGGAUCUCAGCCAAUGGUGUCCACUCAUUGAUGAUCGGUGUUUCCUUCCUUGGCUUGUUAAGGUCCCUUCUGAACAGGAACAGCUGAGAGCGCGGCAAAUUAGUGCUCAGCAAAUUAACAAAGUGGAAGAGCUGUGGAAAACAAACCCUGAUGCUACUUUAGAAGAUCUUGAGAAGCCUGGAGUAGAUGAUGAGCCUCAGCCUGUAGCUUUGAAGUAUGAAGAUGCUUAUCAGUAUCAAAACGUCUUUGCACCACUCAUCAAGCUUGAAGCUGAUUAUGAUAAGAUGAUGAAAGAGUCACAGAGUAAAGAUAAUGUGACAGUACGAUGGGAUAUUGGUCUUAACAAGAAGCGUGUUGCUUAUUUUGUCUUUCCCAAGGAAGAUAAUGAACUAAGGCUUGUUCCGGGUGAUGAGUUGCGGUUGCGUUAUUCAGGAGAUGCAGCUCAUCCUGCAUGGCAGUCUGUGGGACAUGUGAUCAAGCUAACUGCCCAGGAGGAGGUAGCACUUGAACUUCGUGCUAGUCAGGGAGUUCCUGUUGACUUGAGCCAUGGCUUUAGUGUGGAUUUUGUUUGGAAGAGUACAAGCUUUGAUCGGAUGCAAGGGGCCAUGAAAACUUUUGCCGUGGAUGAAACCAGUGUCAGUGGGUACAUAUACCAUCACCUUUUAGGUCAUGAAGUUGAACUUCAAAUAGUUCGUAACACACUACCCCGCCGCUUUGGUGCUCCUGGCCUUCCAGAGCUAAAUGCAUCCCAGGUUUUUGCUGUGAAAAGUGUCCUUCAGAAACCAAUUAGUUUGAUACAGGGCCCCCCUGGCACAGGGAAAACUGUCACAUCUGCAGCAAUUGUAUACCACAUGGCUAAACAAGGACAAGGGCAGGUCCUGGUAUGUGCUCCAAGUAAUGUGGCUGUUGACCAACUGGCUGACAAGAUAAGCUCAACUGGAUUGAAGGUUGUUAGGCUUUGUGCGAAAUCAAGAGAAGCUGUUAUGUCUCCAGUGGAGCAUCUAACACUUCACUAUCAGGUUCGACAUCUUGAUACAUCUGAAAAGAGUGAACUUCAUAUGCUCCAACAGCUGAAGGAUGAACAAGGUGAAUUAUCAAGCAGUGAUGAAAAAAAGUUUAAGGCAUUGAAAAGGGCCACUGAGAGGGAGAUAUUACAGAAUGCUGAUGUCAUUUGUUGCACCUGUGUUGGUGCUGGAGAUCCUCGGCUAGCAAACUUCCGAUUCCGCCAGGUUCUUAUUGAUGAGUCUACCCAAGCAACAGAACCUGAGUGUCUUAUUCCUUUAGUUCUUGGGGUCAAACAGGUUGUUCUUGUUGGAGAUCAUUGUCAGCUUGGUCCAGUAAUAAUGUGUAAAAAGGCAGCUCGUGCUGGGUUAGCCCAGUCUCUUUUUGAGCGCCUUGUCCUUCUUGGUCUUAAACCAUUCAGACUGCAGGUCCAAUAUCGGAUGCAUCCUUCCCUCUCAGAAUUUCCUUCUAAUAGCUUCUAUGAGGGUACCCUUCAAAAUGGAGUGACGAUAAAUGAAAGGCAAUCAUCUGGUAUUGAUUUUCCUUGGCCGGUUCCCAAUCGUCCUAUGUUCUUUUAUGUCCAGAUGGGACAAGAGGAGAUAAGUGCAAGUGGAACAUCCUACCUAAAUAGAACUGAGGCUGCAAAUGUUGAAAAAAUUGUUACUACGUUUUUGAGGAGUGGAGUCAUACCUAGUCAGAUUGGUGUUAUAACGCCAUAUGAAGGACAGAGGGCUUAUAUCGUUAAUCACAUGUCAAGGAAUGGUGCUCUUAGGCAACAGCUCUAUAAGGAAAUUGAGGUUGCCAGUGUUGACUCCUUCCAAGGUAGAGAAAAAGAUUACAUUAUUUUGUCCUGCGUAAGGAGCAACGAACAUCAGGGUAUCGGAUUUCUUAAUGAUCCACGUAGAUUGAAUGUUGCACUAACUCGAGCUCGUUAUGGCAUUGUUAUUUUGGGGAAUCCAAAAGUCCUUAGCAAACAACCAUUAUGGAAUGGCUUAUUGACACAUUACAAGGAGCAUGAAUGCCUCGUGGAAGGGCCACUGAAUAACUUGAAGCAAAGUAUGAUACAAUUUCAAAAGCCCAAAAAGAUUUACAGUGACCGCAGACUUUUUGGGGGUGGUCCAGGGAUUGCGCAUGCCGAUAACUUUGGGUCCCUCAGUUCUUCGAGCCCUAAUGCCGAUAAGAGAAGUGGACGUGGUAAAGGUCACUCUUAUAUGCCAUUUGGUCCACCAAAUGGUACUCAUAAGCCUGGUGUGCACCCAGUAGGAUAUCCCCUACCUCGAAUCCCCGUUCCACCUUUCCCUGGAGGUCCCCACUCUCAACCGUAUGCAAUUCCAACUCGUGGAGCUGUUCAUGGACCUAUUGGAGCUGUUCCACAGGUCCCUCAACCUGGGAAUAGGGGUUUUGGGGCUGGUCGUGGUAAUGCUGGUGGUCCUAUUGGUGGCCACCUUGCACAUCAGCAAACCUCACAACAAGCUUUGGGUGGUAUUGGUUCUGCUUUUAAUUUCCCUGCCUUGGACAAUCCUAACAGUCAGCCUUCUGCUGGGGGUCCAUUAUCCCAAACUGGACUGAUGACACAGGUUCCAGUUCAAGGUCUUAGUCAAACUUUUCGUGAAGGUUUUUCUAUAGGUGGCAUGUCUCAGGACUUUUUGGGGGAUGACUUUAAAAGCCAAGGAUCACAUGUUGCAUAUAAUGUGGCAGAUUUCUCAACACAGGCUUCUCAGAGUGGUUAUGGUGUUGAUUAUGUUGCUCAAGGACAGGCUGGAUUCCCAGGGAGUUACCUGAACCAGAAUUCACAGCCAGGAUAUCCCCCCCAUCUGGGCACUGGAAAUGACUUCAUGACUCAGGACUAUAUGCCUCAUGGAUCACAAGGUCUUUUCACCCAAGCAGGAUUCAAUGACCCUUCACAAGAUGAGUCAUCUCAGAGCCAUUUUAGCAUGGCUGGACCUGCUAUUCAAUCACAGGGCCUGAUGAAUUCUCUCUACUCUCAACCCUUUACUCAUUACAACGCUCAGCCUCAAAAUUUGCAAACUCCGCAGCUGCAAAGUCAGAGCUCACCCAACCAAAAACUUCAUUACAAUGGCUAAGCUACAAGGGGGAUAUCAUUUGUGAUGGGAUACAUUCUUUGCAUCCAGCAACAUGGUUGUGCUGACCUAUCUCUGCAGUCUUGUGCAUAAGAAACUUCGUCUUGGAGGGGUUUGCUUCUCACAAUUACGUCAUAUGUUGCACUAGUUAUGAGAUGACUAUGAUGGUGCGCAUGAAGAUUUGAGAUGGCAAUUGCUACUAGCCUCCCGCACAGCCAGAGCUGAGGAAAGGAUUACCCCAUUUGUUCUUGGUGAAGCUAUGUUGUGUCGAAAGAAGUUUGCCACGGGGAGGAGGCAUCUUGUGCCAAUGAGGAAGGGGUCACCGCAUUUCUGUCCAUGUAGCAAAUGAUGGAGGGUCUGCUGGUGAUAUUGAAUUGUGCAUACACGUGUUCGGACUGCUAGGGUGGGUUUUGAUGAAGAGGAACUGUUAUUCCUGCUUGUUUUCAUAAAAUUAUCCACACAAAAUUAGUGUGCAACAGUGUUGAUAGUUGGUCGAUCCCUUCCGAUCAUUUGCAUCCUCACCUGUCGAUUAAUUAAUGUAUUUCAUGGAUUGGGUUGUUCUUUAACAAAGAAUUGUAGUGAAGGGGCUGGUGCUCUAAACACCUAACCAAGCUCAGAAUUAUGGAUGAGUUGGAUGGUUUGCUUGUCUUCGUUUUUGUUGUUUUUCUUGUGAACAUUAGUUUGGUUA